AUUUUAAAUAAUUGGUAACCAGGUUAUAUUCUUUGAAAAUUCUGUGCGGACCAAGGGCAAUAUAUCCAUAGGUUAUCAGCCUUGGAGCCAUCACAAGGUCAUCAUUCUGUCUCAGUAUCUUUUUUGAGUUUGUCUAUACGAAAUCUACUCUGAAACAUCAUAACAUUCCCCAAAAUUACAGUGGAGUAACAUUUUUUUUUUAAUAACAUUGAGGCUUUGCUAUAUGUGAGUACUUCAUUCUGUUCUGACAGUUAAGUCUUUGAAAAUAACCAGUUCAGAAAAAAAAGUAUGUUCAUCCUUUUGUUUAAUUCAACCACUUUGUCACUUGUCUGUACUGUGACAUUUAGUGGGAAACAGGAGUCUGAAGAAGCCCAGCUCGUGAGUGCAGGUGAGGCACGAGUAUGAAUGACUGGGAUUUGAGGACUGGGGUCCUGAAGGAGUCUCAGAGAAGGUUUUGUAACAGAGGUGGCACUUUGAGUGGUCUCUUGAGGGAAACAAUCCUAAAUUAAGUACAAAGUGAAAAGAGCUGCAGGAGAAUCCCCGAACGGCAGUGUGUGUGUGUGAGAAUUAUAGGAAGCAGAAAGGUCCCUGGAGGGAACCAGACGGUAAGGUGGAAGUGAAGGUCUGGGAUAUUGAUUUGGUAGGCAGUGGAAGGAGUGGUACAGGGUGUAUACCUUCCCUUUGUUGCUGAGGUGUUUCUGUGACUGUAAUGCCUAUUCAAACAGAGCAAAAGUGGCAACUUUUGCUGGCACUUAAUGUUUUUGUUUAAGAGUUUAAAUUAUGAAAAUGAACUUGUUGAGUCAGGCUGGAAUGAGUUUGACCUGAGAAGAAAUAACAGAUGCUCAAAUGAAUGGCCUGAAAAGAAUGUUCACAUCUUACCACAGACAGUUCUUUAUAUGGCUGAUUCAGAAACGUUCAUUAGUCUGGAAGAGUGUCGUGGCCACAAGAGAGCAAGGAAAAGAACUACUAUGGAAGCAGCAUUUGCCCUUGAGAAGCUAUUCCCAAAACAAUGCCACAUCCUUGGGAUUGUGACCCCAGGAAUUGUAGUGACUCCAAUGGGAUCAGGUAACAAUCGACCUCAGGAAAUAGAAAUUGGAGAGUCUGGCUUUGCUCUGUUAUUCCCUCAAAUUGAAGGAAUAAAAAUACAACCCUUUCAUUUUAUUAAGGACCCAAAGAAUUUAACACUAGAAAGACAUCAACUCACUGAAGUAGGCCUUCUAGAUAACCCUGAGCUUCGUGUGGUCUUGGUAUUUGGCUAUAAUUGCUGUAAGGUGGGAGCCAAUAAUUAUCUGCAGCGAGUUGUCAGCGCUUUCAGUGAUAUGAACGUCAUAUUGGCUGGAGGCCAGGUGGAUAACCUGGCAUCACUGACUUCUGACAAACAGCCUCUGGAUAUUGACGCCACUGGUGUGGUUGGACUGUCAUUUAGUGGACACCGAAUCCAGAGUGCCACGGUGCUCCUCAACGAGGAUGUCAAUGACGAGAAGACCGUUGAGGCUGCGAUGCAGCGCCUCAAAGCUGCCAACAUUCCAGAACGGAAUACCAUUGGCUUCAUGUUUGCAUGUGUUGGCAGGGGUUUUCAAUAUUAUAGAGCCAAGGGGAAUGUUGAGGCUGAUGCAUUCAGAAAGUUUUUUCCUAGUGUUCCUUUAUUUGGCUUCUUUGGAAAUGGAGAAAUUGGAUGCGAUCGCAUAGUCACUGGGAACUUUGUAUUGAAGAAAUGUAAUGAGGUAAAGGAUGAUGAUCUAUUUCACAGCUACACAACAAUAAUGGUACUGAUUCAUCUUGGGUCAUCUAAAUAAAGCCGCCUGUAAAGUGGCUUUCACAAUAUAUGACUUCCGGCUCUGCCUUUCCUAGAAAAUGGAAACAGAUGUAUAUUUCAAAAAAGAAACAAAACAAGAACAACUUUAUAUGUGUAUCAGUUUUGUAGCUUUGAAUCUCUAAAGAUUAUAUUAGGGGUGGUUUUUAAUAAGUUUGGUGAAGGACAGCUUUGUAUAUAACAUACCACAAACAGAUUUGGGAGCUUUUGCAUCAUGCACAAUCCUAACCGACGAUGGCUGUAUUGUACCAGAUUAUGUAGCUGCUGUGUAAUGUGACUUUAUAGUCUUCCUAAAGCAUAGGAAGAUUGAGAGAGGAUUCAUCAGUAGGAUGAAGAUUUAAGACAUUCCAUGACUACCUCUGCAUUGUUAGAUCUUUUAGUAAAAUCAUGAAGACCUUUUUUUCUCCCUUACUGAAGGAGAAAAAUACAUGGAUAGCUUGAGAAAUCUUUCUCUGCUUUACGGUUUUGCCUAUUUUUUCAGAAGCUGUAACAAAUUGCUGACUUUUUACUUAUUUGAUAAAAAUUAAAUAACUAUUUUUGUUCUAGUGCCCUGAAGUUGCUUAGUCAAAUAAUUGCCAAGACUAAUCAAUAUUUUAUUACUUUAUAAGGAAAAAAUUUUCCUUUUCCCUCAGUGAAGAAAUUCUAAGAGAAAAUCCUUUUCUUCACCUAGUUCUAUAUAGCUGACAAUUACAUCACCUUAUUUUGGUUUUAUACCAAUAAAACCUACCUUGGAAACUCACUCAGACAGUGUUUUUUGUAUAUCAUUGCUUUUGGUGAGUGAAUGAUGGAAGUAAAUAAUACUUUAGAAAUGAAAACCCAAAAAAAAAAAAAAAAAAAAGAAAGAAAUGAAAACCCAGAAUAGUAAUUGUCAGCUAGUAAGUCUUGCCAUGUUCCCCGCAGAAUGAUUUUUAAACUUGUAUUUCUAAUUAUGCUAAUACCUAAAGGAGCUAUGUUGAGAGAACACCAAUUUUCCCCACUGACCUUCUUCACAUAGUGCUAGAACCUUGGAUUUUCAGCCAGGCAUGUGCCUCCCAUAGCAAAGACUGCAGUUCCUAUUGUCCCUUGCCAUUGACUGUUGUGCCAGUGACAUGACAUGUAAAAAAUGGUGUGGCCAGUUUUUAGCUCUUCCCUGUGCUUGAUGCUUGGGAGUGGAUCUGGCAGUGAGACAUCUUGAACUCUUCAGAAGAGACGAUGCCCUUGGGGGACAGAACCAUGUCCGGGGUUGCCGUACAAUUUUGUUGAAGGGCUACCAUAUGCGGCUUGGAUUGUCUCUCUCCAGACUGUCUUACAAGAUCAGAAUCAACAUGAGUCUUGCCUCAGCCACUGUUUUUUUCCAGCUCUUAUAACAGGUGUUUAUAAUAGCAUAGUUUACCUAAUACAGUAUGAUAUGACUAAUGUAUGGCACUUUUGUAAUGGUCAGUGGUUCUAACAGAACAGUAGAAAACCUACAAGGUAAGUGAAAUCAAAUGUAUUAACCUUCCUGCUUUUCUAUUUUUAAUCAUUUUCCUCAGUUUUUACAUUAAAAGGUUUUCUUUUGCUGUUUAUGUGAUAAAAA